CUGGCAAUCCUCUUGUUCAGCAGAGCGGACAGCCCCUGAUCCUCACCCAAAACCCGGCCUCGGGUCUGGGCACGAUGGUGACGCAGCCGGUGUUGCGACCCGUACAGAUCAUGCAGAACGCCAACCACGUCACGAAUUCGCCGGUCACCAGCCAGCCCAUCUUCAUCACCACCCAGGGGUUUCCCGUGAGGAACGUGCGGCCUGUCCAAAACACCAUGAACCAGGUUGGGAUUGUUCUGAACGUGCAGCAAGGCCAGACAGUCAGACCCAUCACCCUCGUCCCAGCCCCAGGUACCCAGUUUGUUAAACCAACAGUCGGAGUUCCUCAGGUGUUCUCUCAAAUGGCCCAGGUGAGACCCGGUACGACCAUGCCGGUCCGACCCGCCGCCAACACCUUCACCACGGUCAUUCCGGCCACGCUCACCAUCAGGAGCACGGUACCGCAGUCCCAGGCACAACAGCAAAGUAAGUCCACACCCAGCACCUCCACAACUCCUACUGCAGCGCGGCCAACACCACUCGGACACUUAACUGUGCAGCAGCCAGGGCAGCCCUGUCACGCUACUAACCCCAAAUUAGUGAGCAUCGCCAGCUUCGUGACAGUGAAGAGGCCCGGAGUGACGGGUGAGAACAGCAACGAGGUGGCCAAGCUGGUGAACACCCUCAACACGGUUCCCUCGCUGGGCCAGAGCCCUGGCCCACUCGUGGUCUCCAACAGCAGCCCCGUGCACGGCUCCCAGAGAUCCAGUGCUUCAGAGUCGUCGUCGUCAUCAUCCAAAGUCAGCUCAUCUCCUAUUCCCACCUUUGAUCUGCAAGAUGGGGGCAGGAAGGUCUGCCCGAGAUGUGAUGCUCAGUUUCGAGUCACUGAAGCUUUAAGAGGACAUAUGUGUUACUGCUGCCCUGAAAUGGUUGAAUUCCUCAAGAAAAGAAAAUCUCUAGAAUCUGAACCAAAUAUUCAAUCUGCAAAGCCUCCAUCUCCAGAAAAAACGACGGCUGUUGCUUCACCACCCUCCUCUACUCCUAUCCCCGCACUGUCCCCACCUGCUAAAGCUCCAGAGCCAAGCGAAAACGUAGUCGACUCAUCCCAAAGUAAGCUCAUCAUGUUAGUAGAUGACUUCUACUAUGGCAGAGACGGUGGCAAAGUGAACCAGCUGCUCAACUUCCCCAAGGUUCCCACCUCCUUCAGGUGUCCGCACUGCACCAAGAGGCUAAAGAACAACAUACGGUUUAUGAACCACAUGAAGCACCACGUGGAGCUGGACCAGCAGAACGGCGAGGUGGACGUCCACACCAUCUGCCAGCACUGCUACAGACAAUUCUCCACUCCCUUCCAGCUCCAGUGCCACUUGGAGAACGUCCACAGUCCCUAUGAGUCAACAACCAAGUGCAAGAUUUGCGAAUGGGCAUUCGAGAGCGAGCCCAUGUUCCUGCAGCACAUGAAGGACACUCACAAGCCUGGGGAGAUGCCCUACGUUUGUCAGGUCUGUCAGUACCGCUCGUCGCUCUAUUCUGAAGUGGACAGCCACUUCCGAAUGAUCCACGAGGACACGCGGCACCUGCUCUGUCCGUACUGUCUCAAAGUCUUCAAGAACGGCAACGCUUUCCAACAGCACUUCAUGAGGCAUCAGAAGAAGAGUGUUUAUCACUGCAACAAGUGCAGACUCCAGUUCCUAUUUGCCAAGGAUAAAAUUGAACACAAGCUGCAGCACCACAAAACUUUCCGGAAGCCCAAACAGUUGGAAGGGUUGAAACCUGGAACCAAGGUUACAAUCAGGGCGUCCAGAGGCCAGCCGCGGGCAGUGCCGAUAUCUUCGAAUGAGAUGCCGCAGGGCGCCGGCCAGGAAACCGCUCCGCUCUCGUCUGCCGAUCCCCAGCCCAUCUUCCUGUACCCGCCCGUCCAGAGGAGCGUCCAGAAGAGAGCGGUCAAAAAAAUGAGCGUCCUGGGGCGGCAAACUUGUCUGGAGUGCAGCUUCGAGAUCCCCGACUUCCCAAACCACUUCCCCACCUACGUGCACUGUUCGCUGUGUCGCUACAGCACCUGCUGCUCCAGGGCUUACGCCAACCACAUGAUCAACAACCAUGUUCCUCGGAAGAGUCCAAAAUACUUGGCUUUGUUUAAAAACUAUACUGCCUGUGGUGUGAAGCUGUCCUGCUCCUCUUGUCUCUUCGUAACAUCCGAGGGUGAUGCCAUGGCCAAACAUCUGGUCUUCAAUCCAUCCCACGAGUUUAGUAACAUUAUUUUCCGAGGGCCUACUUGUCUAUCGCAUUCCAGGCACGUUCAGCCCCAGGACAAAAGCACGAAGAACACGUGUCCUACCUAUUCCCCCAGCAAAGCUGCUACUGUGAAAACAAAGUCCGUGUUACCUGCGCAGGAUGACCUGGAGCCUGAGCUGGCCCCAGCAGCCUACGGCAGACCUCUGGCCUGCCAGGAAGAAGAGUGCUUAAAUAUUGAUGCCGCAGAAGACGAGCAACCGUCCAAGGAGCCCGAGCCUGCGAGCAAAAAGGAGCAGCUGUCGGUAAAAAAGCUGCGGGUCGUACUGUUUGCCUUGUGCUGCACCACGGAGCAGGCUGCGGAGCACUUCCGAAAUCCCCAGAGGCGGAUCAAGCGCUGGCUGCGGAGGUUUCAGGCUUUCCAAGAGGAGAACUUGGCGUCGCUGUCGGAGGGCAAAUACCUCAGCUUAGAGGCCGAAGAGAAGCUGGCGGAGUGGGUCCUGACGCAGAGAGAGCAGCAGCUGCCCGUCAACGAGGAGACGCUGUUCCAGAAAGCCACCAAGAUUGGCCGGUCCCUGGAAGGCGGCUUCAAGAUCUCCUACGAGUGGGCGGUGAGGUUCAUGCUGCGGCACAACCUCAGCACGCACACCCGCAGGGCGGUGGCUCACCCCCUCCCCAAAGACGUGGAGGACAACGCCAGCUGCUUCAUCGAGUUCGUGCAGCGUCAGAUCCACACGCAGGACCUGCCCCUCUCCAUGAUCGCGGCCAUCGACGAAAUCUCCCUCUUCCUCGACGUGGAGGUGCUGAGCAGCGACGACCGGAAGGAGAACGCCCUGCAGACGGUGGGGACCGGGGAGCCCUGGUGCGACGUGGUCCUCACCAUCCUGGCCGACGGCAGCGUUCUCCCCACGCUGGUUUUCUACAGGGGGCGCGUGCGGCAGCCCGCCAACGUGCCCGAGUCCAUCGUGUUGGAGGCGAAGGAGAGCGGAUACAGCGACGACGAAGUGAUGGAGCUGUGGUCGUCGCGAGUGUGGCAGGAGCACACGCGGUGUCAGAACAGCAAGGGCAUGCUGGUGCUGGACUGUCACCGAACGCACCUCUCGGAAGAGGUACUGGCCUUGCUGAGCGCUUCCAGCACCCUGCCCGCCGUCGUCCCCGCAGGCUGCAGCUCCAAAAUCCAACCUCUGGAUGUUUGUAUCAAAAGGACUGUGAAAAAUUUCUUGCAUAAAAAAUGGAGGGAGCAAGCCAAGGAGAUGGCGGACUCCACGUGCGACUCGGACAUCCUCCUCCAGCUGGUUUUGUGCUGGCUGGCCGAGGUGCUGGAGGUCAUCAGUGACUCUCCCGAACUGGUGCAGCAGUCGUUCCUGGUAGCCAGCGUGCUGCCGGGGCCGGACGGCACGGCCAACUCGCCCACGCGCAACGCCGACAUGCAGGAGGAGCUGAUCGCCGCGCUGGAGGAGCAGCUGAAGCUCAGCGCCGAGCAGCAGCAGCAGCAGCAGCAGCAGGAAGAGGAGGAGGAGGAGGCGGAGGAGGAGGCCGAGGGUCAGGACCGGCCCCCGACCGAGGAGUGCGCAGACCCCGAAAUCCUCCACCGCCUCUUCGAGGGGGAGAGCGAGACUGAGUCCUUCUACGGCUUCGAAGACGCCGAUUUGGAUCUGAUGGAAAUCUGA